GACCGGCGACGCUUCAGUUGCCUUCUUCUCUAAGGCGAGCGGUGGUUUAGCGUGGCUUCCUUUGUUCACGAUCAGGGCCGCCAUGAGGGGCGACAGAGGCCGCGGCCGCGGGGGGCGCUUCGGCUCCCGAGGAGGCCCCGGAGGAGGGUUCAGGCCCUUUGUGCCACACAUCCCAUUCGACUUCUAUUUGUGUGAAAUGGCCUUUCCUCGGGUCAAGCCAGCACCUGAUGAAACUUCCUUCAGUGAAGCUCUGCUGAAGAGGAAUCAGGAUCUAGCUCCCAAUUCUGCUGAACAGGCUUCUAUCCUUUCUCUGGUAACAAAAAUAAACAAUGUGAUUGACAAUUUGAUUGUGGCUCCAGGGACAUUUGAAGUGCAAAUUGAAGAAGUCCGACAGGUAGGAUCAUAUAAAAAGGGAACAAUGACGACAGGACACAAUGUGGCCGACCUAGUGGUCAUCCUGAAGAUUCUGCCAACCUUGGAAGCUGUGGCUGCCCUGGGGAACAAAGUCGUGGAAAGCCUAAGGGCACAGGAUCCUUCUGAAGUUUUGACCAUGCUGACUAAUGAAACUGGUUUUGAAAUCAGUUCUUCUGAUGCUACAGUGAAAAUUCUCAUUACAACAGUGCCACCCAAUCUUCGGAAACUGGACCCAGAACUCCACCUGGAUAUCAAAGUGUUGCAGAGUGCCUUAGCAGCCAUUCGACAUGCCCGCUGGUUUGAGGAAAAUGCUUCUCAGUCCACUUCUGAAAUAUCAACCUGGGAUGGAGUGAUAGUGACACCUUCAGAGAAAGCUUAUGAGAAGCCACCGGAGAAGAAGGAAGGGGAAGAAGAGGAAGAGAACACGGAAGAACCACCUCAGGGCGAGGAGGAGGAGAGCAUGGAGACUCAGGAAUGACCUCCCUUCCU